AUGUUGUUGUGUGGACCUUGCUAUUAUGUUGUUCACAUUUGCAUUACCCAUCUUCCUUUCAAUAUGAUAGGUCUAGGUUUGAGCCUUCCCGAAGGUUUAGUCAUGGAGUGUGAUAAACCAUCAGGGAGGUUUCGCGUGGUGUUUAGACCGCUUUCGGUUGCUGCUGGACAGGCGCCCCCAACGGGUGUGAACUCUCCACCUCCUCAACACCCUACGCCAAUUUCCAUCGGUGCACCUACCGCGCCGGCAGUAAGUGGCAUUAGCGCUGAAGCCAACGGUGGCGCCACAGCCACAGCACCGGAGCAACGACGGUACGGCGGUGCAAUUGUUAGGCUGAGCGAACUUGGGGUCAAUGUUAUGGCUCCGUUUGCUGUGCCUCCUAAGGCACAACGACCGCCGGUCCGCAGCGUGAGUGAAAAGCCGUCAGAUACCGUCUUGUGGGACGCGGUCCCCAUCGACACCGAAGCUUCCGGAAAAAGUAACAAUGUCACGAGUUUCUCACCAACUGUCGCUGAAAGCCAUGUAGCUGAAGGCGAAUGGAGGAGUAGGAGGUCGACUCAACCCUCAAAUAACCGAGGCCGAGGCAGCAAAAAAGCAGGCAAAAAGCCAGUGAGUCGCACAACUCGUCAUCGGGGUAACAAAGGUAGCAGCAAAGGUGUUAAACUUCCUCUGCAACGAAACGGCAUGCCAUUUCCCCAUAGCUGGAGCACCGUGAGGGGCCGACGGCAGUUACACUACAACGGCCGAACUUACAGGGGUGUGCAGGCGCACCGCCUUUGGGAUGAAAUAAAGGCAAUGUCGUCUGUGGAUGUACCUGCGCCUGUCGCGCGCCCUUCAACCGGAGUUCGGAGGGAAACAGCAGUGCGUGGAGGCAGCCGAUCGAGUGUUACCAAGGACGCAAAUGAACAGGCGUUGUUAUCGUUCGAGGCGCCAAAACCACCGUGUGAAACACCACCUAAGCGACACCGCAGAUCAGUACCGAAAUCGCCACGGCCGCUUACGACAACGGUCGUACAGGGACGUCGGUUGCUCUUAGAUGACGACGAGGACUGGACGGCACCGAAACCCAGCACCGGAGAUGUAGUGCUUCUCUCUGAUAGUGGUGAUGGUAUAGGUUGUGACUCGGAGUCGUCAACACUCACAACGUGGCCAUCCUUACUUAUUGAUGACGAGGGGUCCUCGGGGUAUGAGUAUGUUUCUAGUAAUUCAACUACGUCCAGUGAUAGCUGCGUAGUUGCUGAAGAGCGCUUCGGUCGGCCGGGUCGAGGCAACACGCAUCAGUGUUGUAACCCUGCCGCAUCGCAGGUGACUUCACCAAAUCUAGCGGAGCAUGAUGGUUUUUUGUAUCCUGCUGAGGUGCUUGCUGAGGUCAGAAGAAAGGGCCAAAAUGGCAUAAGGUCUCUUAAGUCACAUCACGAGACAUCAAAAGCGGUUGCUCCCGCCGUAUCCCUGGCGAAUGAUGGUGUGGAAGUGAUGUCUCGCGUCGCAGAGCGACCGAACGGGGUCCGGGGGUUCACUUUCAUUGGCACCUUAAAUGGACAUACUGUAGCCCCGGCCACAGGCGCAAGUGCUUCAGCUAUGCCUUCUGCUUCUCAUGUUGGGGAGUACAGAGAAAGGUACGAAGAAAUGGAUGUCUUCCCGUGUGUACCAGAUGCAGGUGAGGAAGACCUCUUUGUGGUUGGGGAAGAAAUAGGUGGGAUGCGCUUUGCAGCGUAG